CGGGCUGGGGGCUAACGAGUGCGUCGGGCGCUUCGGCUGGCUAUUCACAGAAGGUGCUUAGGGCCGUUCCGCAGCGUAGGGCGGCGACGGGCAUAGGCGGCUGCGCGGCUUUAGCGCACACAGAGAGCGCAGCAGCGGGAGCCGGGCACGCAGCGGAGGCAGCAGCGGGGACAAAGGGACCGAUCAACAGAAACGGGGAGGGGGGCCCGGCGAGAGGCAGCCGGCGCCAGGAGGGAGCGGCAGGAGCCUUCAGCCGGGCGGACGGCUCCCAUGCGCCUCGGACGCCCGGGAAAGCAACAGGGAGAGCCGCCGGCGCUCUGAAGCCGGCCGAGGAGGAGCUGGGAGCCGCCGCCGCCAUGGCCCGCGCCGCCGCCGCCGGCCACCACCCGCACUGCAGCCUGUCCAGCCUGAGCCGUCGCCAGCUGCCCCUGCGGGCGCAAUGAGGAGCCGCGCCGAAGCCGCCGCCUCAGCGCCGCACUGAGAGGCUUCAGCCAGCGAGGGAGCGAGGCCGCCCGCACCGCUUCACCCCACUCCUCCCGCCGCGGAUCCCGCCGCCGCUGCCGGAUCCCCUUGCGCGCGGUCGCAUCGCCUCCCGUCGGCAGAUCGAGGAGCCCCGAGAUCCCUCCGCCGGGGGAAAAGUAGUCCCGCCGCCUCCCUUAGAGGCGAGGGGGGAAGGAGAGGAGAGGGCAGGAGGGAAAGAGAGGAGAGAGACAAAAAAAAAAAAACCAAACAAAACAAAACACAAAAACAGAGGAAAAAAAAAAAAGAAAAAAAGACAGAAAGGGGAAAGGAAGGGGAGAAGAAGAAGAGAAGCCGAGCGGCAGGAUCGGAGGAGCCGGGCCGCGAGCCUCCGCCCCAUGUGACUGGGCUGAGGGUGGGGGCAGCGAGGCCUAGCACACCCCCGCUGCUCGCGGCCGGCCCGGGGGGCUGCGGCUGGGCGGAGGCGGCUCUCGGAGCUCACCGGCGCGGCGGGAGGAUGGCUCUGUGAGCGCCGGGCGGCGAGGAGGAGCGCGGCGAGAGAAGAAAGGAGACGCGCGGAAAGGCCGGCGGGGCAGAGAGCGAGGGGAGGGGGCUUCCCCGGGGGGGAAGGGGCCGGCGGUUCAUGUGGCACAGCUCGCCCUUCGCCUCCCGCUGAGCCCGCAGCCGAGCGCCCCGCAGCCAGCCCCAAAGGAGAGCGGAGGAGGCGGACAGCCCGUCGGGACGCAGCCGGAACCGGAGACCAUGUCCGGGCGGCCCAGGACCACCUCCUUCGCGGAGAGCUGCAAGCCGGUGCAGCAGCCCUCGGCGUUCGGCAGCAUGAAAGUCAGCCGAGACAAAGAUGGCAGCAAGGUGACUACAGUAGUGGCAACUCCUGGACAAGGUCCAGACCGACCGCAAGAAGUUAGCUACACGGACACCAAGGUGAUUGGAAAUGGAUCUUUUGGUGUUGUGUAUCAAGCCAAACUCUGCGAUUCAGGAGAGCUUGUGGCCAUUAAGAAAGUCCUGCAGGAUAAAAGAUUUAAGAACCGAGAGCUCCAGAUUAUGAGAAAGCUGGAUCAUUGUAACAUUGUCCGAUUGCGUUAUUUCUUCUACUCCAGUGGAGAGAAGAAAGAUGAAGUGUACCUCAACUUGGUGCUGGACUAUGUUCCUGAAACAGUAUACAGAGUUGCCAGACAUUAUAGUCGGGCCAAACAAACACUCCCUAUGAUUUAUGUCAAGUUGUACAUGUAUCAGCUGUUCCGGAGUUUAGCCUAUAUCCAUUCCUUUGGGAUCUGCCACCGGGAUAUAAAACCACAAAACCUCUUGCUGGACCCUGAUACAGCUGUCCUUAAACUCUGCGACUUCGGAAGUGCAAAACAGCUGGUUCGUGGAGAACCUAACGUUUCAUACAUCUGCUCUCGGUACUACAGGGCACCAGAGUUGAUCUUUGGAGCCACCGAUUAUACCUCCAGUAUAGAUGUGUGGUCAGCGGGCUGUGUAUUGGCUGAACUGUUACUAGGACAACCAAUCUUCCCAGGUGACAGUGGUGUGGAUCAGUUGGUGGAAAUAAUCAAGGUUCUGGGAACGCCUACAAGGGAGCAAAUUAGAGAAAUGAAUCCAAACUAUACUGAAUUUAAAUUCCCUCAGAUUAAGGCACAUCCAUGGACUAAGGACUCGUCAGGAACAGGACAUUUCACCUCAGGAGUACGGGUCUUCCGGCCCCGCACUCCACCAGAAGCAAUUGCGCUAUGUAGCCGUCUGCUGGAGUAUACCCCCACUGCCCGCCUGACUCCUCUGGAGGCCUGUGCACACUCUUUCUUCGAUGAACUACGGGACCCAAACGUCAAGUUACCAAACGGGCGAGAGAAACCUGCACUCUUCAAUUUCACCACUCAAGAACUGUCAAGUAACCCAUCUCUGGCUUCGAUCCUCAUCCCUGCUCAUGCUCGGAACCAAGCAGCUGCUUCAACCCCUACAAACGCUACAGCAGCCUCAGAUGUUAAUGCAGGAGAACGAGUUCAGACCAAUAGUGUAGCUACAGCAUCAGCCUCCAACUCCACCUGAACCGGUACCAAGCAGCCAGCUGCACAGGAAAAUCACCAGUAAUUUGAGUCUUGCUCAGCAACACUGGUCACAUUUGGAAAGAAAAUUAAAAAGAGGAAAAAAAGCAACCAACCAACCAACCUGUUCAUUUUAGUGUUCAAUUUUUUAUUAUUAUUAUUGCUGUUCUUAUUUAACCUUGUAAAAUAUCUAUAAAUACGAACCAGUUUCAUUGUAUCACUCUGCAGGGUGUCCGGGGCAGGGACUAGGUGGGGGGAGGAGGGAACGCGGAGCAAUACAACACACCAGUGUCUCUCCCCUCAACAAUCACUUCAUGUUGGAAGUUUGCUGUUGUGUACUUCAGAACCAGGACUCUUGCCUCAUGCCCUCUCCCACAACGGAAAGAAGGAAAAAAAAAAAAAAAAAAAAAAAAAAAAGAGAGAAAAAAAAAAAUGGCAAAACAAAAAAAAGAACCCCCAAACCUCAUUCUCUGCUGAAGUUCUUUUUUUUUUUUAACCUCUUUUUUUAUUUUCUUUUUAAGUGAAGUUUCGGACUUUGAUGUAGUGCACAGCUUGAAUUUGGUCGGGAGCUUAGCAGGGGUCAUUCAACAGAGCUCAGCGUUCGGUGCCAGCGAAUCCACGCCCCGGGCCGACCGACGGGCGACUGACAGCUGCCCUGGCUGGCAUGGUAGGACAUAGGCUGCCUGGGGGAGGGGGGAGGCUUACGUGUGUCUUAAGGCUUGAGCUGCUAGUGGCAGACUUUCCUUUCACAAAUCAGUGCUAGCGAUGAAGAGACCUGCAGCUUCCUUCCAAGAGGAGCCCUUGGCACGGCUCUAUAUAAUAUAAUACACACACAGGCGGAGGCGAGCGGUUGUGGUUGGGGCAGCGGAGGGGAUGGCGAAGGCCGGGCUGAGAGGUGCCACCGCCUGAGCGAUUGUCCAGUCCCAAUUGGAAUAGGCUUCCCUUUCCCGAGAUGUACAGGAAAAGGACACCGGGAUUUAUAAUGUGAACUGUAACAGUCUUCUACUGGUUUAUUUUGUAAUAUUUUUUAACUGCAGCUUUAACUCGCAGGAUGCCACAUUCUACGGUAGCUCUGAUUUUAAAUCCACGGCUAGAGUCUGUAUUUAAAUUUCAUCUUUUUAACCUCUUUGCUUUUUUGAUCUCUAUUUAUUGAUGCGCGUUGCCACGUUGCCAUUCUGUUUUUACAUCGGUAGAAUAUUAAUAAACUACACAUCGGAGUGCUAUCAACAGUAAUUGUACCUGCUGACUUGUAGGAAAGCUGGCUACAUAUGAGUGUGUGUGUAUAUAUAUUAUAUAAAUAUAUACAUGUAUACAUAGAGACAACACUGUUUUUUUUAUUUUGUCUACAAUCUCGCAGCAGUCUGACUGAAGCGUGAGGCGGGUGCUUGUCAUAGCCCAGGCUCCGGGUUUCCCCCCUGCGAGGGCGAGUGGUGCACGGUGUCCCACCUCUGCCCCAUCCCAAGCAAUAUCCCCGGGGAGGACAGGUGGAGGAGCUCCCCCUUGCCUUGCGCUCCUUAGGAGCCGCCUCGGUGCUUACCGGCUCUGUCUGACCCGAGGGCCUGAGACAGGUGGUUGGUUUGGGGGCAGCGUGCGGCCCUUCGCGUGGCCUGGGAGUGGCUCCGGCAAACCCGGUGGCUGCGGGGGCUCUGCUCACGGCCUUCCCUUCUGUGCAUUUCACCCUGUUUGUGUGGGGCUUUUUGGAGACUCGUCUCCGAGUGCUGCCCGAUCAUGGUGGGAGGGAGGAGCAAACGCCCACCCUGAAACCGCUAAGCCCUUACGUUAUGCCCCACGUCAAUUUGCUGUCGGGGAAAAAAGCAUUUCCGUGCUUUACAGUGGCUGUCCCUAAAUUCUGGCUGAUGGUAGAGGAAGGCGCACUGCCUCUUCAGAGCUGAAGGCUUUCAAAAUCCUCAUGCGUGACACAAUUGAAAGGGCUGAGAGCGUCCUAAGGACGGGACGCAGCUCACACAGGUAAGUGCAGGGGCUCAGCAGUGGCCCAGCCAUCCAUGUAGUGCAGGAGACCCACAGAGCAGGGCGGAGUGUGGAUCUGCUGCAGGACGAGAGCGCUGGGCUGUGGCCUGUAGGCGCCGCUGCUUGGAGGCGGAUAGAUGACUGAGUCUUUAAAAUGUAAAACUGAGACAAAAUUGCUGCUCGUUCCAGGAAAUGUGGCUUUUUCUUCCUUUCUUUUCUUCUUUUUCUCCUUUCAUUGAAGUCUAGCGGAGGAGAGUGAAGAGCUUUGCUCCCGUUCUGUGCCGUGUCUGUGUGCGCUGUGUGGGUGUUAGCCGGGGGUCGGGGCGCCCCGGGGAGUUUGUUUGUUUGUUUGUUCGUUUCAAGGAUCAUGGCAGGAUCACCGACUCUUUUAUACAGUUAGAUCCAGGUCUUUGAAUAACCUUUUUUUUUGUAAAUAAGAAGAAAAAAAAAAAAAAAACACACAGGAAAAAAAAAAAACACAAAAAAAAAAAAAACCACAAAAAAUAAAGGAAACCACAAAGCUCCUCACCAAAUUCAAGCUUGUACAUUAUUAUUUUUGGUUGUUUUUAAAUUUUGAGUUUUAUUGUUUUGUAUGUAAAUAUGUGGACCCAGGAACUGUUAUUAAUGAGCAAAAAGUUACCGUUCAGGGCAGUGAUUCUGUUUAAUAAUCAGACAAAAUGUAGACGAGCUUUUUAAAGCCAUAUAGUUUUAACUCUGUACAGUAGGUACCGGCCUGUAUUAUUGUAACAAUAACUCUAGCGAUGUAUAGUGUAUCUAUAUAGUUUGGAGUGCCUUCGCUUCCAUGAUUUUUUGAAUUUUAUUUCCCUUUUUUUUUUUUCUUUUUUUUUUUUCCUCCUUUGUUAACAACAUCCCCCCACACAACCGCAUCUCCGCUCCCCGCUUUUAAUUCGGAGCGCUGUCAGGUUUCGGCGGUACCCCGAUCCCGAGCGGAACGAAAGGAAACCCUCCUCACCCCCAUCUCACCCGAGCCACGGCUUUGCUCUGGACGUCCCCGGUUCCCCCUGCCCUCCUCCCCCCUCUAGCAGUGACCGGUUUCAUUCUCCACUCUCUCGCCCGCAGCAGCCCUAUGGCUGGCGGCUGCGCUCGGCUUUGCUCGUCUUCCCCCGGCCAUCAAUGGUGGAUCCUCCGCCAUCAUUGAUGGAUCCCCCACCGUCAUGGACGAAGGGCCCUCUGCCAUCAGCAGCGAAGGGACCCCGCCAUCGUCGCUGGGCCCUGCGGGGGCUCUCGGAGCAGGGGGCUCCUCACCGCAUCCCCUCCCCACAGUCACUUUUGGUUUCUUAAGAUGGCAAGUUGAACAUGUCUCUUGAGUUCUUGCGCCCAGCACGAAGGCCUUGUUUCUACAAUUAGUCCGCUUGUGUUUACUACCUGGUUAGUGUUCCACCUGAGGUUGUCUUGAAUAUGAAAACACUUCACCCUGUACCAAACCAAAGGUUGCUGUUUUGUUUCGGAGCAUCUUGCGUUCAUUCCGGUGAAGCAGAGGCUGCACUUUUUCUGGUGACACAAAGGUCAGUGACGUCGCGUUGCUUCUGAUGGUCCGCUCAGAGCUGUUACUCUCUUCCCUCCGUCUGGGGCUCGGUUUUGACAGUGUAUGGUCUCCAUCUGUCCUCUUGUCAAUUCCACAACGCGUAGGUCUCUGAGAUGGAGCCGAUGGUGAUCGGGGUCCCCUCUGGGCACCCAAUUAAGACACUGCUGUUCUUAAUGCUAAGUAACUUACCUACCUUACUAGGAAAAACAAACAAACAAAAAACAAAUCACAAAAGAAAAUUGGCUAAUCACAGAUCCCUGGUCGCUUUCUCCCAUUAUUUUUAAGCAAAGCUUUGCUUACAGCAGUGGCAGGUGCUUAUGGCGUGCCACUGGUGAGCACAUCCAAGCCCCCGGCUCGUCGGUCCCCUCUCCGAAAAGCAGACAGCCUUGGACGGACGGACGGACGGCGCCAGCAGCGCACAGAGCCUCCGCUCCGGGUCUGCCUUUCUGAGGUGGGGAGAGAUGCCUGGGUCCCAGGUUCUUCCCACAGGGCUCUUAGUCAGUUUUGUUCCUAGUUCAUUUUGUUUUGGAGCCCUGCAAUAACAGCAAAACGACCAGAAAGGAAAACAGUACCUAAGGAGUUAGCUUGAGAAAAGUAGCUUCCUUGUGUUGGUCUUUCUCAAUUUAUUUUUAAUAUAUAUAUAUAUAUAUACAUACACAUAUAUAUAUAUAUAUAUAAAAUAUAUUUAUAUAUAUAUAAUUUGCUUGCCUGUAAAAUUUGCGUUCAUUAAUGUGUUGCUGAUGGAUCACUUGGGCCUGUACACACCGAUCAGUGUGACCACUUCCAUCUUAAAAACAAAUCUAAAAUAUAUAUAUAUAUAUAUUAAGGACUGUGGGUUGUAUACAAACUAUUGCAUACACUUGUGCAAAUCUGUCUUGAUUUAAAGGAAAAGCAAAACCUGUAUAACAUUAUUACUACUUGAAUGCCUCUGUGACUGAUUUUUUUUUUUUUUUUUUCAUUUUAAAUAUAAACUUUUUUUGUGGAAAGUAUGCUUAAUGUUUUAUUAUUUCCCCCGCCCCAUUCCCCUUGUAAAUACGUUUUGUUCUGUGUGACUCGGUUCGGAAAUAGUUAACUGGUACUGUAAUUUGCAUUAAAUAAAAAGUAGGUUAGCCUGGAAAUGAAAUUGAAAAUUCCCAAGUGUGUGGUCUUUAUUUCAAAGUCUUGCCCCCCUUCCUUCCUCCUCCUCUCCUCCUUCUCUGCCCCUUGUUCCUCACCCCCGCACCUUUUUCCACUCCGC